AUGGGACCUCCUGACCCGAUCAACGGCGCGUUCCCUGGUGGUGUGCCAAACAAAACCGUUGAUUUGCCCAUCACCUUCAUGUUCAUGCUGCUGUUCAUGCUUGGAGCGUACGUCCAUAUUACCAUUUACAGGCGGAACGCAAAGCGAGGUCACAAGUUCCUCAUUUCGGAUAUCGUUUUCGACUUCUGCAUGAUUCGGACUGUAACAUGCAUUUUUCGGAUAACGUGGUCGCUUGUGACGACGCGAGGUGUGGUCCUCAUGGCGUUGCUCACCGAGAACGGCGGUGCCUCCUUGUUGUUUGCAGUCAACAUCUUCUUUGCUCAGCGCUUGGUCCGCUCGAUCCAUCCCAAGGCGGGAUGGUGCACAGCUUUCGGCCAGCUCACCUUCAUUCUUCUCAUCACGGUCCCAGUAUUCGUCAUCUUGAACAUGACUUCGACGAUAGUAAGCUUCUUCAGUGCGGGAAAUGUGGACCGUCUCGAGCUGGCGGACGACCUGUUGAAGUUUGGAAGUUCGUGGAACACGUGGCUCGCUAUCUUCCCCAUCGUUGUCGUCAGUGGAUGUCUCUCGGUGCCAGGGCCGAAGCCGGAGAGGUUUGGCAGCGGCUCGCAGAGAGUCAAGGUCGCGCUGCUCUACUUUGGAUCCGUUCUCUUAAUUACGGGACAGUCAAUCCGUCUGUUUGCCCUCUUCAAUAAGGAGCCGCCGGGAACUACAAGUGUCGUCUUCAGUAAGGCGGUGUUUUAUACGACCGGGUUCGCGUUUGAGCUCGUGGUCGUUGGUCUCUACGCCAUAAUGAGAGUCGACCUGCGUUUUCACGUCCCGAACGGCUCGAGCGGACCUGGAGACUACUCUGGCGACGAGAAGAAAAGCGACUAUACCGUCGAGGAGAUUGAACGGCUGAUUGGCGGCUUGGAGGUGCCGCAUCAGAUCAUGCGCGAGAGGAAGGGGCCGGAAGACAUGGAGAUGGUGUUCACUAUUUUCUUCGCCACUAAGAAAGACGAGAACCCAAAGGAAACGGAGAAAAUGGGUGAAACAGAAGUUAAAGUCGAAGAAGCAACAUUGCCGGAGAGGCCGAAGAGAAUCACCAGAAGACAGACGCUCAUCGACGCCAUCAAGCCGCCGCCGCGUACCCCCAGAGAGUCGUCCGGGUACCCGGACAUCACCGCCAUGUACCAAGAAAUGGGCGGAGGAGAUUACGCGGCGAGGCAAUCCGGAAAGCCCUCAAUGUACUCGCAAUUCGACAACUCGAAGGUCUAUGAUGCGCAGUACCAGCAGUAUUGGCGAUCGAACGGCAAGGAGAAAGGGACCAUGAGAAGCAUAGAUUUGAAACGUUGA